CCUGGGGACAUCCUUCCCACUCUCCCCAACUGGGGUUGAGUAGGGACUCUGAUGAGGGGGUUGGUUGGGAGUGCCUAGGCUGGCUCAAGCUCUUGGCAGCCCCGCCCCCUCAAAGGCCAUUCAGUCCCUUCCCUGAGCCUUUUCUUCCUAUGGCCUCUGACCCCCUCCUUCCUACCCUUCUGCUGGGCGCAUCCCAGGCCACAGCAAGUGGGACAAGAGUGUGGGAGGACACACAGAAAGUAAUGGAAACUUGAAACAGGGCAGGGAGGUGAGAGUUACGGACAUCAGGCAGAAGGACCAGGACAGACAGACAGACACACACACACACACACACACACACACACACACACACACACACCAGAGUUCUAGAGGCCAAAUCAGAGACACAGAGAGACAAAGAUAGAAAUAGACAAGAGAUUGCAGGGGUGGAAAAUAGAGUAAUAGAAAGAUAGGGAGAGAAAGCUAGUGACAGAGAAUCCCACACUCCGAUACAGGGAGUCCCCAGGGAAGGGACCGAGAGAAAGCACAAGGCGAGGCAGUCACAGGCAGCAUGGUCAGCAGCAGGGUGGAGGAGCAUCCUACAAAGAUGUAGCGGUCCGGGUCUGGCGGACUAGGGUCGGUGGGAGCCUGGGCAGGGGCCGGGGGCAUGGGAGGGGCAGGCAUUCUGUUGUUGCUGUUGGCCGGAGCUGGGGCAGGAGUGGCCUGGAGUCCCCCCAAAGGAAAGUGUCCUCCACGCUGUUCCUGCUCCAAGGAAAGUACUCUGUGUGAGGGCUCCAGCGAGCUGCCCGAGAGCUUCUCCACCACGCUCCUGUCACUAUCCCUUGUCAGGAUGGGGGUCUCCCAGCUGAAGGCUGGCAGCUUCAUGAAGAUGCCAUCAUUGCACCUCCUGCUUUUCACAUCCAAUACCUUCUCCGUGAUUGAGGACGAUGCCUUCAUCGGCCUGUCCUACCUUCAGUACCUCUUCAUAGAGGACAACAAGAUUGGCUCCAUCUCCAAGAAUGCCCUGAGAGGACUCCGCUCGCUCACACACCUAAGCCUGGCCAACAACCACCUCGAGGCUCUCCCCAGAUUCCUGUUCCGAGGCCUGGAGACUCUGACUCAUGUGGACCUCCGUGGGAACCCAUUUCAGUGUGACUGCCGAGUACUUUGGCUGCUUCAGUGGGUGCCUACGGUGAAUGCCAGCGUGGGCCUGGGGGCCUGUGCAGGCCCCUCUGCCCUUGCCCAAAUGCAACUCAACCACCUUGACCCGAAGAAGUUCAAGUGCAGGGCUACAGAACUGUCCUGGCUCCAGACUGUUGGGGAGUCGGCACUGAGCGUGGAGUCCUUCUCCUAUCAGGGGGAACCUCACGUGAUCCUGGCACAGCCCUUUGCUGGCCGCUGCUUGAUCCUGGUCUGGGACUACAGCGUGCACCGCUUCCGGACAGAGGAAGAGGUGUCUGCGCCCUCCGUGGUGUCCUGCAAACCUCUGGUGCUGGGCCCACGCCUCUUCAUACUGGCUGCCCGUUUGUGGGGAGGCUCAUAUCUGUGGUCUCGGCCCAGCGCCGACCUGCAUCUGGCCCCAAUACAGGUCCUAGCCCCUCAACGCCUACUGCGACCCAAUGAUGCCGAACUCCUGUGGUUGGAUGGGCAGCCCUGCUUCGUGGUGGCUGAUGCCUCCAAAGCUGGUAGCACCACCCUGCUGUGCCGAGACGGGUCCGGCUUCUACCCACGCCAGAGCCUGCACGCCUGGCACCGCGACACCGACGCUGAGGUCCUGGAGCUGGAUGGCCGACCGCAUCUGCUGCUUGCUUCAGCCUCCCAGAGGCCAGUGCUCUUCCACUGGUUUGGUGGCCGCUUCGAAAGGCGCACAGACAUCCCAGAGGCCGAAGAUGUCUAUGCCACGAAACACUUUCAGGCCGGUGGAGAUGUGUUCCUCUGCCUGACACGAUACAUUGGGGACUCUAUGGUCAUGCGCUGGGAUGGCUCCAUGUUCCGCCUGGUACAGCAGCUUCCAUCUCGAGGUUCCCAUGUCUUCCAGCCAAUGCUAAUCGCCCGAGACCAGUUGGCCAUCCUGGGCAGCGACUUCGCCUUCAGCCAGGUCUUCCGCCUUGAGCCUGACAAAGGGAUCUUGGAGCCGCUACAGGAACUGGGUCCCCCGGCCUUGGUAGCCCCCCGAGCCUUUGCCCAAGUCACCGUGGCGGGAAGACGCUUUCUAUUCGCAGCGUGCUUCAAGGGCCCCACGCAGAUCUACCAGCACCAUGAGCUGGAUCUCAGUGCCUGAGGCUGGGCAGAACCCCGGAAGUGGUUGAGGGGCUGGCAAGGGCGUCCUGCGACAUCGGGGUACCCUCUGGGUAUAUGAUACAGACCACUCACUAUCCAAAUGCAUCAGCCUGGGUCAGGCUUAGCCCACACUCUGGAGGAUCUGCAGCUUAGGGGCAAAUGAAAAGAGGUCUCUCUGCUCCCAACAACGUUUGGAUCCCAUGCAGUCUGAGGCCACAUUUUGACUGAGGACAGAUGCUCCCACAGACAAUGACUUGGGUGCUCAGCCUGGGACACAGCAGGGAGCUGGGAUACAGAAAACCAAAAGGGCAAUCUGCUGAGCUCCAAGAGGUCUAAAUAUUCUGCCCUCAAUGAUCCCUUGGUCUUGCUCCAUAUAAAGUACCGAAAGAAAGCUUUCUUUUCCACUCAAACCCAAUCUGGCCAUUGGCUUUAGUGGAGGAGUAUGUAUGUCUGUGAAUUCAGUGACAUCACAGCUGCUGGGCAGUUUCUGGGCCUGGUACUUUGCUGCAUGUAGGCACGUCUGGUGCCAAAGACUGACUGCUGGCAUCUUGUUGUUUUUACGCGUGUGCAGAAACGGUGAAGCAGUAAUGAUGAGUCUGGGGGUAUUAGAGAAAGCCCUGGGCACCCUGUUCCCAGAAUGUGACAGGGGCAAGAGCAGAAAUAAAUGCCCUGUGCUCCCCACGA